AAUCUGCUUCGUGAAUACAAAUGACAUAUGACAUGACACGACGUGACUUUCUGAUGAAAAGAAACAUGGCGGAUCUUGUAUUAUUUGUGAUGUGGUGAAGGUGAAGAAUUUUUGUAGGCAAUUCAAAUUAUAAUAAUUGUAUUAGAUUUUGAGCCGCUGUAUGAAUUUUCGCCUUCUCUAGCACUCAGUGAUUACCAGUGAUACAAAUAUCAGUGGAACAGUCGAAUCACGGACAUUUUUUCGAUUUUGUUGGAAACAUGGGAAGGUCUAGAUCCAGGAGUCGAUCCCCAACUACGAGGAAACAUCACAAAAGUAAACACCACAAGCGAAGUAAAUCGAGAGACAAGAGCUCCAGCUAUAAAACCACAGAAAGGACAGUGGAAAAAGUGAAAGAAAGGACUCCCAAACAGAGGAAACGUUCCCAUUCAAUAUCCUCGAAAUCCAGUAGCGAUGGCUCGGAAGAAAUAAUCCCUAAAGAAAGGCAUUCCUCUAAAAAGCACAAGUCAAGGAAAAUGGAUGAGGUGGAGCGCUUGGCAGAAAUGGAAAGGCAGCGGCGACAGCGAGAAGCCGAACAGAGACUGAUAGAAGAAGAGACAGCAAAGAGGAUAGAGGAGUUGGUGAAGAAGAGGGUGGAAGAGGAGUUGGAGAAACGUAAGGAGGAGAUUGAAAGGGAGGUGGCUAAGAGAGUGGAGGAAGUGAAGAGGAUUAUGGAGAAAGAGAUGAUGGAGGAUUUGGAAAAGAGGCGGGAGAAGCAGAGGGAAGAAGAGAGACGUAGAGAGGAAGAAGAAAAAAAGAAGCAACAAAUCGUUGAGAAGAUUCUAGAAGAAAAUCAGAGGAAAAUAGAAGAAGCACAGAAGAAAUUGGCUGAAGAAAGGUUAGCCAUGGUGGAGGAACAGAGGAAAAUAGAUGAAGAAAGACAGCGAUUGAGGAAAGAGCAAGAAAAGAGGACAAAAGAAGAGCAGAAAAAAAUAUUAGGCAAAAAUAACUCUAGGCCCAAGCUGUCAUUUUCAUUGAAACCCGUCAUUUAGCUACUCUUAGUGAUGAGAAUGUGAAAGUAUGAUUAUCAUAAUUUAUCAUAGGUAUGAAUGUCUACGAAUUGAGUAAGUGAGAGUACAAUUUUUCUAAAUAAGAUCUUUUACACGUAAUAAGUUUAAUUAAAUUUAAUAAAUUGAUUUCUACACAGGCUUGUAAAUAUCUGUUCUAUUUUAUCAUAGUAUCUGAUAAUAUCGUUUCAACGCUUUCAGUAACAAUUUCGGUACAUGAUAAAAUAGUUUCUAUACCAAUGUGUUUUCUUCUGGACCUUUUCAACCUUUCCUGUUUCAACAAUUCCAGCAAAUUAUGCAAAGUAUGUCUUAUGGACUUUCCUAACUCUUUUAUACAAGUGACUUGCUGCAUCGGCUUGUUUUUGGUGGAUUCUGGUGGGAAACUCGAUUUUUCUUGUAACUCCAAAGGAACGUUGAAAAAUUCCGGCUUCAGAGGAGUGCCGGCCACUUCCAGCUCCCCUGGUCUUCUACGGGGUGUUGGUUGUUCUCGGUACAAAAGUUCGAAACC